UCUAGAAUUCGAAUUGGGCUAGGAUGGUGCCUCCUUCCACGCCCUCGAACUGACCAGUCACAUUGCCAUCGCCAGAUAGGCCUGGAAGGGAACAUAUGCGUUCGACCAAAGGAUUGGGUGCAGUGAUGCCAAUUCAUUUCAAAGCGUUCCAACAAUGAGCUGCCCUUGUUGAUGGUGGGGUCUGCCGCUGCUGCCACCUGGUUGGAUAGGGGCGGCGAUGUGACGCAAUGGGCAUGGAGGCGAUAGCAAGCCGCCUGCCGGCACUUCCUAUCCCAAACGCUGGCUUUGGCAGAUCAUGGUUGGAGUCGGAUCCUCGCCGAAGGCCUGGGAACAUAAGCAGCUUGACAUCCGGUUCCAAAAGAUUGUCGGGCAGUCAGCUUCCUUGCCACCUCUUCAUCGCACCCCCCUCUUGCGCGUUCUCUUUGAUACGUUCAUUGAGACGAGGCCCGCGGUGCAUGCUUCUGUCGCCGCCGGUGUCAUUGCUGCCGGGCACUUCACGAGUGCCGAGCAGGAAACACUUUCGCUCAAGCCGGCGGCGGCGCAAAUGGGACGGCAGGAUUUCUGCUCAGAAGAACGACGAUGUCGCGUCAGAGUAUCUGGAGUUGGAGAUGGAGAUUUUCCAGUUUAUGGAGACCUCCGGGCGGCCCGAUGUGUUUCCUUCGAAGCAAGAUUUGAUCGAUGCGGGGCGAUUAGACUUGGCUGACUUGGUGCAGAAACGGGGGGGGUGGCUGGCAGUCGGAUGGGAAGAUGAAAAUGAGGGCGACUUUUUUGAUACGUCGCAGUAUUCGGAUCCCUGGGAGGUUGGGCCGUCGUCGGACCCUUUUCAAUCAAAAGGGACUCAAUUCCUGGACCAGUUUGAAGGAAGCGGGUCGAGUCAAGUUUAUGCAUCAGCCCCGUCAAUCGGGGCGCGCGUCGGAGCCUAUGUAGGGCGGAAUCUAGGCAGUCAGGAACCUGAGGUUAGGGACUUAACCGGGGUUCAAACUUCAGGUUUAGGAAAUGCGGAUUCCGGUAUUGAGGCGUCACCUGAUGAGGUCAGUAGCGCUGACUUCAGCGGGGAGGCGCAGGGAUUGCCCGCAGUAGAAAGCUCCCCAAAAAUCCCAUCAGAACGCUUCUUCAUUCAACAACUAGACGCGAUCAGGGACAAGCUGUUAGCAAGUCUAGGGCUUGACUUUCCCCCUAUCGUGAUCCCAAAGUAUGGAAACCUCAACUCCAGUGCUAAGAGCCUAGAACUAGAACGGGAAAAGCCACCGAACGGCCCUCCAGAGAUUCUUGAAGCCCAGGAAUUAACAGCGGAAAUUAGUGGCACCCCAACAAAGAUAAAUCGAUAUGGACAAAGUGACUUCUUAAAGGAGUGGGCGGACAUCAUUGGCGAAAAUGGGCAGUCGUCAGAAGGUGGUCAAGGAACGGAGGGGCAGAGCGGCGAAGACUUGGAAGCAUCGGCUCACGAUACGGUGCCAGGUGGCGCUCAGGAAAUGGCGCCAGGCGUCGCGGUUACGGAUGGGCCCAGCGAAUUGCUAGCAGAAACGGAAAACGCAGCGGCUGCCAGGCUCGAAGCGCUUCUGGGGGGCGCAAGCGGAUUGGAGAGCGCAGGGGAAGGUGUCCGAUUGGAGGACCCAGCGACGGAAGACGCUCUUGACACUGAAACUACAUCGGAGGCUGGCGCGCUGAGUGGUCCUUCGGGGUUGUGGCAAGAAAACAGGGCGGCUGCCCUUGACUUGGACAGCAGUGCGAGCACGUCCGAUUUGUCGGGGGUCGACUUGCUGGACGGACAAGACGGAGGGGGGCGAGUGAUUGCAGAUAAAGAGGGGGAGGAAACAAAUGAAGAGGAGGGGGGGGGAAAAGAUGAAGCAGAGGGGCAAGAAAGAGCGAAUUUGAGUGAGGAAGAGGCGGGCGCGCCGGCUUCCCAGGAGGGCAGCAGAUUCGGAACGGGGGAGGCGAACUUGAGUCUAGAGGGAGAGGGAAGGGGUGACGAAAGUUCUGAAGCUGCAGAGAGCGAAGGGGACCCGGCCAGGAAAGGGAAACCCCCCAACUAUUGGCAGGACUUGGGCAACCUGCGGCGGGAGCUGCAAUCGGCGCAAGCGGCGCUCGGGUUGCCGGAUGACGUCAUCCCGUCGCGACGCCAGCUCAUCGCCAUCCGGCGCUGGGACAUCAUGCGCGCGGUGCGGAGGCAGGGGGGUUUCCAACAGGUGGCAGAGCGGUUAGGCGUGGGGGAGGAAAAGGUGAAAGAGGCAGGGGUAGACUCGCCAGGGGAGAAAGUGAAAGAGGUGCAAAAGGAGGAGCCAGCCCCAGCCCCGCAACCGCCUCCACCGGAUCUGUCUCCCUUAGGCCGCUUGCUUAACCUUCUUGGUUUAGGCCCAAAACCAGAUUCCAAACCGGAACCCGCAACCCCCGUGCGCGAACCGGACGCCUCCAGUAGUAUCAAAGAACUAGAUGCGGAAGAGGAUGAGAGGAUCGCGCAGGAUGAGCAGUCGGUCGCACAGCGCUUGAAAGAGACUGUGGCGUUGGAGAAUUGGGGUUGGAAAAAGGGGCGGAGGAGGGAGGAAAAGGAGGGGCUUCCGGGGGCAGACGAAGCGGACCGGCCGGAAGAAGGCUCUGCUGGAGGCUCCACCUCGAGGGAAGCGGAAACAAAAGGGGAAACGGAAACGGAAACGGCAACGGCAACGAAAACGGAGAGAGACACAGGCGGAGCCCUGCUGGGUCGGAUCCGCUCGCUCGAGCAGAGCCUCGCCUCGACGAGGGAAGCGCUGCAGCACGAUAGGGAGGCUUUGGUCGGAAACCGGGAGUUUCUACGGGAAAUGCGCUUGUCGACGUUGGACGAGCUCAGCCAGGUGAGCGACUCGCUCGAGUUCCGCGAGGACGAGAUGGCGCGCACCGCACGCAACCUGCGGCGCACGCAGGCCGAGAUGCGCGCGCUCGCGGGGAGCAUGGCGAGCGGGAGCCUCGGCGGGCCCGAGGCCGUGGACGCGAUCCUGGCCGGCCCGGGAAAUCCGGCGGGGAACCCGGAAGGAGUACCCGUCCAGCGGCGGAUGGUGCGCGUGGUGUGGCCGCACGAGGGGCGGGAGGUGGAGCUGGCGGGGUCGUUCGAUGGUUGGGAGGGGAAGGUGAAGAUGGAAAUGUCGAACGCCGGAGUCCAUAUAGCCACGCUCAAGCUCCCCCCCGGACGAUACGAGAUCAAGUUCAUCGUCGACGGCGUUUGGAGAGUUGACGCGCAACGCCUCAUCACUUACGAAGAUAACAACGAGAAUAAUGUACUGCAGGUAGUCUGAGGCGAGUGUCAAUGACAAUUGGUUCGGGUCUAGUGAGGCAAUCUUUGGUAAGUAGCAACCGUCGAUUGGGCCAUUUACUUUGUCCUCACCAGAUUUAGCCGAAUGCAUGAGCUUCACUGAAGGACGACAUGUCCCGCUGUUUGCUAUCAAGUGCUUUGAAAGCGCAAGCAGAAUAUGAAAGGAA